AUGCUUGAGAGUGAGUGUUUUGGUUUGGAUAUCUAUGCAAUCAAUCUUUCCAGUAUUGACAAUAAUGGCCUGAGGAACUUGUUCAUCAACCUUUCUAAUCACUGUGUUAUUCUUUUGGAAGAUGUGGAGAUUGUCAAUUCAAGCUUGCCUGAGGGAAUGGCUUCUCUGACCACACUACUUGAUGUUGUCAAUGGUGUAGGAGAUGGCCAAGUGUUAAUCAUGACAACCUGUCAUAUUGAAGUAGUUGACAGCGCACUUUUGCAAGCUGGUUGUGUGGAUGUGAAAAAUCAGUUCCACCUCACAGAUAAAGAAACAAUAGCUCGGCUCUUCUGGCUUGCCUUUGGACAGGAAGCAGUUGACCCACUAGCACAUGAGUUUGCUGGCAAGGUACCGGAGCUGGAAUUCAGCCUGGCUGAAAUUCUGUCAUUCCUGAUAGAGAACAGGCGAUCUCCUAAACAGGCUGUUGAUAAUGUAGCGGCAUGGAUGGCGGAUAUGAGAAGCGAAAGGAAGAAGGGUGGAGUUUAA